CAAUGACACAAUGACACAAUAGCUUCCUCCAUCGACUGGUUCCCUCCAUUACCGUAGAAUCAAGAUGCCGUCCAACACUCCCAAGAUGGAUGUUCUCGCCUUGUUAGAUGCCUAUAGCCAGGUCCAUGAACGGGCGCAGAAGGAUCAAAAGGCGUCUACCUGGCAGCUGACGUUGGCACGAAAGAGCACAGGACGCGGCGGAGCUCUGAUGAAUGGAGUCAUGGUGGCGGAAGAUGUUCGCGAGGAGCUGCGUGCAAUCAAAGUCUUGAAGUGUACUGCCGAUGAACCAGAAUUACAAGAGGAGGAAACAAGCAAGAAAUUGCAACGACAGUUUGUCUUGGCCAAUGCGACUGACGAGGAUAAGAAGCAAGAAUCAGUAUCGACCGCUGCGGAGACUACUACAACUGGACUACGUCGUCGCAAAGGCAACGACGACAAAGAAAAUCAAGCCGAGAAUGAGUGGACGGUGGAAAAGGAAGAAGAGUUAGAUGAAGAGGAUCGGUUGCGACGGGCGGAUCCUUUGGUCUUUUUUGGAGCAAUGCCACCCAAGGAGCUACGAAGAGCACAGCAAGAGGCACAAAAUGCACUGGCGAGGUAUGUGGAAGCUGCCAAUUUGAUUGUGGCCAUUCAGCAGAGCAUGCAGCAAUAAACCAGCUAGAAAUAAAAGUGACUUUGCAAGCAAGAGUUAAUAAGAGUAACAUGGUUCCGGUGGCUGUCUACCGGCAUGGAAAGGUGAAACUACCAAUUCCACUCCACAGUGCGGAUAAGCAACAUCAAUAGUUGCGAAUAAUCCGAUACUCUAGAAACUUAAUUCUUCGGAGUCUACUCCAUGCUAGUAUAGUAAUGUAUUCUUUUAUCUUUUC